AUGGGUAGUCAAAAAUCAGCCAAUACUAUAGCUAUUACUGAAAUAUAUGAUCCAUCAGUGGACCAAUGGACCACUACUGCAAGCAUGGCAACACCACGCGGUUUUCAUGCUGCAACCCUACUCAAUUCGGGACAAGUUCUUGCCACUGGUGGUACCACCUUUAACAUAAACGGUAUUAUAAAUAGUUGUGAAAUAUAUGAUCCAUCAACGAGCCAGUGGAGCUCUCUUACUAGCAUGGGACCAAAAGCGCGUUUAUAA